GCCACUUUCUGGCCCAAGACUCUGGCUUGCCACGUGGAUGGAUGGCGGCCGACCACACGAACAAUAGUUAUUUACACUAUCGGGGGCCGCCGGACAUACAUUACCAAUCACACCUGCCGGGCCCCGCCCUCCCGCUGAGCUACCUGCCGCCCCCGGCGGGCCCCGCCCUGCCGCUGGGAGCCGCGCCCGCCCCCGGGGCGGCGCAGCAGUGGCUCCAGCCGGCCUCGCCGCUGCUGGCCUACCAGGCAGCGCCCGCGCCCUACCCGGCAGCGCAGUGGCAGCUGACCGCGACAGCCCCCCCGUGGGACCCGACCCUGGCGCUGCUGUCCUCCUGUGCGGCCGGCGGCACCGCCCCAGCCUACGGUGCUCCCGCGGCGACGACGGUGCUGUCUACCAGCGUGGCCAGGCAAGGCCUGAAUGCCCAGGCGCGCGCCCGCUCGCCGCAGAGGGGGCAGGGCACCCGCGAGAGGCACGUGUCGAGGACGCCCUCGCCCGACAACCGCUACCCGCAACAGGGUCAGCAGCAGCAGGGUCAGCAGCAUCAGGGGCAGCAGCUGGGGCAACAGCAGAAGCAGCAGCACCAGCAGCGGGCAGCGCUGCAGCAGGCGCAGCAGGCGCAGCAGGCGCAGCAGGCGCAGCAGGCGCAGCAGGCGCAGCAGGCGCAGCAGGCGCAGCGCAUGGAGGCGUAUCAGCAUGAGCAGCUGCAGCUGCAGCAGCUGCAUCAGCAGCCGCGGUACCCUUGGGCAGGCGACGUGAUGCUGCAGCAGGAUCACAGGCGUCAGCAGCUGCAGCAGGAGGCCCAGCGACACCAGGAGAUGCUCCAUCGGCUGUCCCUGGAGCAGGAUUGGACCCUGGAGAGGGAGAGGCAGGAGCUGCAGCUGCAGAGGCAGCGGCUGCAGGCGAGGGCGGAGGAGCACCGGAGGCGGGCGGAGCAGCGGGCCCCGGAGGUGGCGCAGGCGGUGCUCAGGCAGGAGCCGCAGCAGCCGCAGCCCAGGGCGGUGAUGCAGCAGGAGCUGCCGCCACCGAUGGACGUCCACCAUGCCCACCCCUACGCGGUGGACGCGGAGCAGUCCUCCCUGGCGCCCGCCAGCGGCAGGGUAGAGUGCGGCAAGGAGCUCAGCACCAACAGCACCCGCAGCACCCGGGUCGUGAGCAUGCUGAGCCACGACUCGAGCCAGGCCUGCGGCAAGAUGCUCAGCACCGCCAGCGCCAGCAGCACCGGCCACGCGGUGGCCGAGGACGAGGACGAGGACGAGUACGAGGGCACCGCCGUUCGGACCGCCUCCCGGGGCAGCGCGGGGCACCCGGACGGCUGCGCGAAGGCCUGCAAGUUCGUGUCCACGAAGCGGGGCUGCAAGGACCCGACGGGGCCGACUGCGACCACUGCCACCUCUGCACCUGGAGGUGCCAGCUGCGCGUGCGCCGCAGGCCAGCCAAGCGGUCGUGACAGCCUGCCAGGGCGCGACAUUUGGUCCGCCGCCAUGCGAGGAGAGGCAGCGCUCGCGCGGCUCAGCCAAUCGUCUCCGAGUCCCGCCGGCCGACCUGGGACCGGGACCCGAGGAGACGCUGCCCGUCCCCCUGUGCGCCAACGGUCUGACCAACGCCAGGGGACAGCACGGGUGACCUGGAGCGCCACCUCGCGCCCUGCCGAUGCCUGCGAGCGGCCGCCUUUUGCGGGGCGGUGCACCGUACCUUCUCCACGUCAACGGCCGUAGAGACUCGCGCAUCGGCUCGCGUUUUAAGCACUGAUGUUGUUUUGGGCAGUUCGCCCCCCUUGACCGUAACCUGCUCACCCCUCUCUUCACCGACCCCACCCCGUCUCAGUUGCGUAGAUCCUUGCAUGGGCCAUACCGGAUGCCACGGCCUACCCGUCUGCUGACGCUGAGCAGAGGGGAGACUUGUGCUGUGGUUCGCCGCACAGUUCGACUUGAUUCGUCGCGGUGACGUCGGCGUCUCUCUCGCGCUUAGGAACUGUGCGGUGGCGUUGAGCCCUGCCACCCUCGUGCGGGCGGCUUUCUGUGAAGCGCGUUGCCUCGACCUACAUUGGCCGUGCCACAUUGCGCUGUGAC